AUGCCAAGUCCUAAUUAUGAUGAUGCACUAUUGACAAACAAUAAUUUGCUGUUUGAUGAGCUUAACUACGACCGGCAGGCAAUGAGGGAUGAAUGUGAUAAGAUGGAAAGGCAAUUAACUGAUGAGCAGUUGGUUGUAUACGACACAAUUCUAAGUGAUAUACAAGCAAAACAUGGCGGGUUGUUCUUUGUAUACGGAUAUGGAGGUACAGGUAAAACUUUUGUUUGGAAAGCUUUAUCUUCAAAGAUACGAUCAGUAGGUGAUAUUGUGCUAAAUGUCGCGUCCAGUGGUAUUGCAUCAUUGCUACUCCCAGGAGGUCGAACAGCGCAUUCAAGGUUUGCCAUACCAAUAGCAGUUAACGAGGACUCCACAUGCAACAUUAGUCAAGGUAGUCCACUGGCCGAAUUGCUAAUCCAAGCCAAGCUAAUCAUAUGGGAUGAAGCACCUAUGAUGCACAAACACUGCUUUGAGGCUCUGGAUAAGACAAUGCGCGACCUGAUGCGGCACAGCGACCCGCAAAGUGUGCAUAAGACAUUUGGCGGGAAGACCGUGGUAUUAGGUGGUGACUUCCGACAGAUAUUGCUAGUAGUUCCUAAGGGCUCAAGGCAAGAUAUUGUUUCAGCUGCAAUAAACUCAUCAUACCUUUGGGAGUCAUGUCAAGUACUACGCCUUACCAAAAACCUGCGUCUUAAAACAGUUGAUCCGUACGCUGAUAACACACACAUUGAAAAGUUUGCAUCUUGGUUGGCUGAUAUAGGAAAUGGAACAUUAGGUGGACCUAACGAUGGCCAUGCAAAAGUUGAAAUACCUAAAGAGAUGUUAGUGCCAUCAAAUGGGGACUACAUAGCUACAAUAGUUGAUAUUGUCUUCCCAAUGUUCAAGCAUGGCGGAUCCGACUUUCAACAAAUGGAGAAUCGUGCCAUACUUGCGCCAACACUAGAUGUGGUCAAUGCGGUAAAUGAGUACAUGAGUGAUUUGCAUGUUGCGGAGAGCCGAACAUACCUAAGUUGCGACACUGUAUGUAAGUCUGACUCAACAAAUGGUAUACUAUAUGAUAUGCACACUCCAGAAUUUCUAAAUGGAUUGAAAGCUUCGGGCAUACCCAACCAUUCUUUAACUUUGAAGAUUGGGUCUCCCGUAAUGUUGUUGAGAAAUAUAGAUCACUCAAUGGGACUUUGUAAUGGUACAAGAUUGAUCAUUACUAGGUUAUCUGAUCAUGUUGUAGAAGCAAAGAUUGUCGGAGGACACAAUGCCUGUAAUGUCGUGCUGAUACCAAGGAUGUCCAUGACUCCAACUGAUACAAGAUUGCCAUUUAAAUUUCAAAGAAGGCAAUUCCCCCUAAUGUUGUCAUAUGCAAUGACUAUCAACAAGAGUUAA